AUGUCGCUAGUGCAAGGAUACUCAAGCUCGGAAGAGGAGAUAGAAGAGAAGACGGAUGGGGUAAAUCACAAAAGACAGAAAACUCUGACGUCUAUAUUUCAAGAGAUUGCUUGCCCAACAACUUCUGAUGAGAGCUUUCAACAAUCAAAGCUCAAAGAAGCCAAAGCCAAAGCCAAAGCAAAAGAAUUGAAACUACGACGCAAAAUGAAUGGAGGUGAUCCCUGGUCAUCAAUCCGUUCAGAAGAGGUACAAGUGUUUCAACCAGGUGAGCCAGUGCAAUUACAAGAGGAAGAUGAUGAAGAGCUUGAUAAAUUCAAACCAACUUCCCAAUUUGUUGGAUCAAAUGAGCUUGAUUACCAAGGUAGGACAUUCAUGCAUAUACCGAAUGAGCUCACAAAGCAAGCACCUGGCGAUCAAGAAUGCUUUGUUCCCAAACUGGUGAUUCACACAUUCCCCAGGGCGCAUCCAAAAGGUGUCAAUAAAUUACAAUUCUUCCCACAAUCUGGGCACCUUAUGCUAUCUUGUGGGAACGACGGAUCGAUAAAGCUAUGGUCCGUGUAUGAUGCAUUUGAACUAUUGCGUAUUUACAAGGGCCAUAAUUUGGCAGUCAAGGAUAUAUCAUUUAACUCCACCGGUGACAAGUUUCUCAGUUGUGGGUUUGAUAAAGUUGUCCGUUUAUGGAAUACCGAAACUGGCGAAGUUAUAAAAACAAUUGAAACCACCUCAACACCAAAUGUAGUCAGAUUCAAUCCAAGCAACGAGUCUGAGUUUAUUGUUGGCUUACUGAAUCAUAAAAUAGAACACUACGAUCUAGUAGCUAUUCAUAAUCCAAUACAAGUAUACGAUCAUCAUAUUGGUGCCAUAAAUGAUCUACUUGUGGAUUCAGAAACAUUCAUCUCCACUUCCGAUGACAAAUCAGUUCGGGUAUGGAAAUGGCAAAUCAACAUUCCAAUAAAGGUCAUUUCCGAUCCUUCGCAAUUUUCAACUCCAUCAGCAAAGAAGCAUCCAAAAGCAAACUACAUUGCUUUACAAAGUAUGGAUAAUAGCGUCAAAGUGAUCCACUCAACAGGGAAAUACAAAUGGAACAAAAAUAAGCUUUUCAAGGGGCACCAAAGUGCAGGAUACGGUAUUGAAAUCGAGUUCUCUCCUGAUGGUAAGAUCCUAAUGAGUGGUGAUUCGCGAGGGUAUGCAGUAUUUUGGGAUUGGCAAAGCAAGAAAAUCGUAAACAAGUUAAAAUUGAGCACAUUGCCGAUCAAAUGUAUCACUUUCCACCCAUUAGAGACAAGUAAAGUAGCCAUAGCUGGAACUAGUGGUGAUAUAUACUACUGUGAUUAA